UUCCUAUCUUAUUCAAUUCCUUCGGACGGACAGACACCAUGCCUCUCAUCAACGAGUCACACGACUCUCUUCCCUACAUCGACACCGCACCCUCCGCUCAAGCCCGCGCAGCAGCAGAACGACUGAUCACAGCGGAGCUCCCCCACGACCACACAACAGUCACCCACCCCUCCAUCCCCGAAUUCUCGGCCCCCCGAUUCUCCCCACUCAUCCAACAAGAACUCGACCGCAAAGCCGCCGGCCAACCACUAACGGGUGGCAUCGACCUCUCCCGGUACGAAGCACCCGAGGCGCCAGCCCGCUCGCAUCUGUCGAUGCGGCAUGAGAAUCUGGCACUGCUGGAAGAGAGCGGCAAGAACGCGUGGUUGAUUGGCAAUUCGCAGCUGGAGGAGAUUCUGCGCGGGCUCGAGAAAGAGCUCGCGGAGAUGAAGGAGGCUGCCGAGACGGUGAAUAAGGAAAGGAAGAUGGCUCAGGAGGCGAGGCAUGGCGAGCUGGUUGGCUUGGAGGAGUCGUGGAAGCGUGGGGUUGGCGCUAUUUUGGAUGUUGAGCUCGCGGCGGAGAAUCUGCGGUUGCAGAUUUUGGAGCAGAGACGGUUACUUUCGCAGCAGGGGCGGUAGGCUGCGACCGUUGACCUCUUUUCUUGCUUCUUUGCCCUUCUUCCCUCGUGGUGACGGUGGUUGUCUGGCUAGGUUGGGCUCUGAUUGGCUACUUGGAAGCCUUCCGCACUCAGUAGGUCACGCAUCUCAGGGUCUAGCGGUCGAUGUGCUUGCUCCUGAGGAGACGAGAGAUAUUCGAGGAGCCGCAUAAUAGUCAACCGGGAGUACCCCCCAAGUCUGCUUACAGGCUCACUCCCAAGACACAACCAGUCUCCACCGAGUAUGCGUGCGACCAGAAGGCGGCCCCGGUCGCAUGCUUACCAACUGAAAACCCGGCGAACGCAGGCUAUCCUAUCCACCAAUACCAAUAAUGAUACCCUAGAUUAUGUG